AAAAGUUUUGGGCGGCUUUUUUUGUUCACUGGUGUUUUGUGUUUUUAAAAAAAAUUUGUUGUUGUUGAUUCUAUUUUUUUCGAAUCAAUAUUUUUUUAUCAUUCGAAUUAUCGAUCCAUUUUCUACGAUUGGGUGGGAGGGCGAAAACUAAAAAAAAAAAUUCGGUGAACAGAUUUGUUUUGAAGGCAAAAAAUAAAUAAAUAGAAAUCAUGGCAUCACGUGGUAUUGUACGGGCAAGUAAAUUUCGUCAUGUUUUUGGUCAAGCAUUAAAACGUGAAAAUUGUUAUGAUAAUAUACGUAUAUCGAAAAAUUCAUGGGAUGGUAAUUUUUGUGCUGUAAAUCCAAAAUUUGUUGCCAUUGUUAUUGAAGCGGCUGGUGGUGGUGCAUUUUUAGUUUUACCAUUAAAACAGCCUGGACGUGUUGAUAUUAAUCAUCCAUUAGUUGCCGGCCAUAAAGGUCCUGUAUUGGAUAUUGCUUGGUGUCCAUUUAAUGAUAAUAUUAUUGCCAGUUCAUCGGAAGAUACAACAGUUAAAGUAUGGCAAAUUCCUGAUCAUGGUUUAACACGUACAUUAACUGAACCUAUUGUUGAUCUUGUUGGUCAUCAACGUCGUGUUGGUUUUCUUGCCUGGCAUCCAUCUGCUAAUAAUGUUCUAUUAUCAGCCGGUGCUGAUUGUAAAAUUAUUAUCUGGAAUGUUGGUACUGGUGAAAUAUUAUCAGCUAUUUCAUUACCUGAUUUAAUUUUUCAUGUAUCAUGGUGUUGGAAUGGUUCACGUAUUGUAACAACAACAAAAGAUAAAAAAAUACGAAUAUAUGAUCCACGUACUGGCGAUUUGGAACAGGAAGGUGAAGGUCAUGAUGGUGCUAAACCACAACGUGCCAUCUAUCUUCGUGAUGAUCUUAUCUUUACAACAGGAUUCUCUAAAAUGAGUGAGCGACAAUAUUCAUUACGUAGCGAAUCUGAUUUGAAACCAUUGAUUUUGGAAACAUUAGACACUAGUAAUGGUGUUUUAUAUCCAUUUUAUGAUCCGGAUGUUAAUCUUUUAUAUCUUUGUGCUAAGGGUGAUAGUAAUAUACGUUAUUUUGAAAUCACCGAUGAAGCACCAUUUGUUCAUUAUAUAAAUACAUACCAAUCAAGUGAACCACAACGUGGUGUUGGUUUUAUGCCAAAACGUGGCUGUGAUGUUCAUAAUAAUGAAAUUGCUAGGCUUUUUAAAUUACAUUCAAAAGGUUUAUGUGAAGUAAUUAGUUUUACUGUGCCAAGAAAGUCUGAAUUAUUUCAAGAUGAUCUCUAUCCGGAUACAGCAGGCGAUGAACCAGCAUUAACAGCUGAACAAUGGAUUAAUGGUGAAGAUGCUGAACCAAUUUUGGUAUCAUUGAAAGAAGGUUAUCAAUCGACAAAAAAACAGGAUCUUAAAGUUGUAAAAAAGAAAAGCAACAUAUUGGAUACAAAACCAACAUCAAAACGAUCCACAACAGAUGGUGAAUCUGUUUCAAGCGGUAAUGCUAGUGGUGGUGGUGGUGGUGGUGAUAGUCUUGAAGCAUUAUUAUCAUCAUUACCAGCACCCGGUAUGACAUCGGAACAGACACAAAAAUUUGAUGAAUUAGCUAUGGAAGUACAUAAAUUGAAAGCAAUCGUAUUGAAACAUGAGAUUAGGAUUCGUGAUCUUGAAAAAACAUUAACAUCAAAUAAUAUAAAAUUGGAUACUGAUGAAUCAUCACGUACAACUAAUAAUGGUGAAACACAUUGAAAAAAAAAACAUUUGAUUUUAUCAAAUGAAGAAUGUGGAGAAUUCGGAAAAAGAAAAAUACAACAAAGAAGAAAAAGAAAAUAAUAUUAC